ACUUACAAGUAGUGAAGUGGAUGCUUAAAAAUGCUGUAAUAACGAGGCCAAGCUACGUGCUGUGAAAAACGUAGAAGAUAAAAUUAUUUUAUAAUUAUUUACAUUUUUACUAUUGUUGAAAUAUUAAAUUUAAUAAGUAGUAUUUAAAUGGAAGAAUUGGAGCCUUCUGAAUUAGGCUCUCAAGAUUACUGGGAAGGACGUUACGCUCAAGAAAUAAGGAAUUUCUCGAGUCAUGGUGAUCCGGGUGAAAUAUGGUUUGGUGAAGAUAUUGUAGAUAGAGUUAUUCGUUGGAUAAACAACUGGAACUUGAUAGAAAAAAAUAAAAAAAUUGUUGAUGUAGGUUGUGGGAAUGGAAUGUUCUUAAUUGAACUAGCAAACGAGGGAUAUACUAAUUUAACUGGAGUUGAUUAUUCUGAGAAUGCUAUUAAACUUGCAACAGAAAUAGCUCAGAAACAAAAUUUGAAUAUAAGUUAUUAUACAUGUGACAUUCUACAAGGGCUACCAGAAAAUUAUGACAUAAUACACGAUAAGGGAACUUAUGAUGCUAUUAGUUUAAGUGAAAAUGCAAAAGAAAGUAGAGCAAAAUAUUCUGAAAGUGUGUAUAACAGCCUUGAUGGUGAUGGAGUUUUUAUUUUAACUUCUUGUAACUGGACCCAAGAUGAAUUAGAUAACUAUUUUAAUGAAAAGUUUGACAGACUAGCCAUCAUACCUACACCUCAAUUCAAAUUUGGAGGAAAAGUUGGAAAUGUAGUUACAUCUUGUGUCUAUAAAAAGAAAAGUUAAUAAAAUACUAUUCAAAUUCGAAAUAAUUUGAUUUAUACAUUCAUUCAAUCUAUUAACUUAUGAAAUAUGAUCACUAGUCCUACCCUAUUUGGAAUCCUUGAUAAUAUGUUUGAAAUGAGGGUUGUAAUUUUGAUUAUCUUAUUUUAUAUGUACUUUUAUUGAGAUCCUAUCUUGUCAUAUAUAAAAGAAAGGUCUUUAUGCGGUUUUCAUUAAUAAAUAGAGUUAUUCAGGAAGCAGGUUUAGGUUUUAUAAAAAUUGAUUGAAAUAUGACAGUAAUUGUUGCAUUUAUGUAUAAAUUACAGAUAUACCUAAGUUCAUCAAGUUAUAUAUAUUUGUUGAUAAGAUAUGUAAUCGUCAAAUAAUAUACAUUCUACAUAAAUAUCCAGUAUAUACUAGCAAUAUUUACAAAUUUAUUUGCUGUACAUUUGUAUUUACUGUAGAUACAUACAUGAAUGCAUAAAAAAAUAUGUAUAUUUUAUUUUGUUGAAAAGAUGUGUAUGCUUACCUGAAAUAAUAUGCUUCUUAUUUGCAUGUCCAGUAUGUACUAUAUAUAGUAAAAAUAUAGGACUUACAGCACAACUUUUGCAUAUUGGGAUUGUUAACACAUGUUAUAUCUUGUGUUAUAUGGGCGGGAAUAAACUUUCACAAUAAUUCUUUAUUUUUGUAAAAAAUAUAUCUUAAGAACGACAAAACACCUAGGUUCAUGAAACCUUAUAAAAAGUUGACCUAUUUACAACUAAACAAUGUGGUAAAAUCUAGGAUAUUCCUUUUAAAAAAUUAUACAUUUGAGUUGUGAAACACCUUUUAGGACAUCCUGUAUGCCUAGACAUUUAAAUGGCAGCUGCAAUUGAUAUUGAUAUGAGAAUUUUUUUUAAGAAUGCCACAGUUUGAGAGACCGUAUAAAUACAGGAGACUCAUAUUGCAUAAAAAUUUUGAAAUUAGUUUUUUUGUUGUUCAAUACGUUCAUGUUGAAAUGGAAAAGAAGGUUGCAAUUGUAAAUGAAACUACUCAUUGGUUU